AUGGCCAAGUCGAAGAAUCACACAAGUCAUAAUCAAAACCGAAAAGAUCAUCGCAACGGUAUAAAACGACCGAAGAAGCAUCGAUUCAUGUCCAUGCGGGGUGUUGAUCAGAAGUUUUUGCGCAAUCUUCGAUUCGCCAAGAAGCACAACAAGAAGUUCCGUCCUCAAAAAAAGAUUGAAGUUGUGGAAAAGGAGAAAAAAUAG